CGUGGUAAAAGACGUCAUUCCCCGGUAAAUUACAUCAUUUACCUAAAAAUUGGUAAAUGUUGUAAAUGCAGACAUUCCCCUUGUUAUUGUCGUCAAUCACCAGUUUAGUUGGAGAAUGAUGUUCAAUACUUUUAUGUCGGUGUGAACGAACAGCGAUAAGCGUGUAGGUGCCAAAUAAGCUUCGUUAGUUAAAAAUAUCAUGACGGAAGUAGAUAAAUAAACGAAAAUCCCAACAAGCAAUAACGUCGAUAACCCGAGUAAUAAUAUGAGAUAAUCUAUUAGUUUAUUAGUUAGUAUCUACGGGAAUAUUAUAGCGAGUUGUAUAUGCGACGAGUGUGUGUUUUAUAAUAUUAUUUGUAAAAAUUUGUGUCACCAGUGAACAAAGUGUAAUAAGAGUUAGAUUCAAUUAUAGUGUUAGUUUUAUUUAAUAAUUAUGGAGAACAAAUUUAGAGCAGAAAUCGACAAAAUUAUUAGCAGUAAAAAGAGAGACGACAACAUAUUUUAUUUUAGUUCUGAAGAGUACAACAACAAAAUCCAAAAAAUAAAAGAAUUAAAAAUUGGAACACUUAAAAAAACGGUAACGAAUAAUAGACUUAUACGUAAAUAUGAUGUUGUGUCAAUUGGGGGAAAAGAAAAAUUGAUUAAGCCUAUAGUUGAUAAUGAAUCUGACGUUUUAUAUUACGUCACAGUAGACGAGUUGUUUGAAGUCAUCCAUACAGCACAUUUAGCAGUAGGUCAUGGUGGUAGAAAUAGGAUGAUGGCUGUGUUAAAAACAAAAUAUUGUAAUGUGACAACGGAGGCAGUUAUGGCAUAUUUAGGUUUAUGCAGUAAUUGUCAAGUAAAACAAUCAAAUCCGAAAAGAGGGCUUGUGACAAAACCAAUUUUACAUUCCGCAUUUAAUUCAAGGGCGCAAAUUGAUUUGAUUGACAUGCAAUCUCAAAAUUAUAAUAAUUAUCGCUAUAUAAUGAAUUAUCAAGAUCAUUUAACAAAAUUUGUUAUUUUAAAACCUUUGAAGACAAAAAGGGCCGAAGAAAUCGCUUUAAAUCUAAUAGAUAUUUAUACAAUAUUUGGUGCACCCGCUAUACUCCACUCGGAUAAUGGUCGUGAGUUUGUAAAUUCUAUUAUAACAAAUUUAAAUGAAAUGUGGGGAGACGUCAAAAUUGUGCAUGGCAAGCCUCGUCAUAGCCAGACCCAAGGAUCAAUUGAACGCGCGAAUAGGGACGUUGAAGAAAUUUUGGCUUCUUGGAUGGCUGAUAAUAAAUCAAAAGACUGGCCAAUGGCAUUAAAAUUUGUGCAAUUUCAAAAAAAUCGGGCUUUGAACUCAGGUAAGCUAUUCUAA